UACCCGAGUAUGAAAUAAUCAAUCCAGUGUCGGUAUCAAGUGGUCGACGCAGACGAUCGAUAGACGGAAGUGAAUACCCUGACAAACACGAGGUCAAGUUAACUGCUUUCGGAGAAGACUACCACAUGAAACUAUGGAAGAAUAAGGCUUUAAUUCCACCAGGAAGUGUUGCUGAACAUGUACACGAAAACGGAACGGUGGUAAAAACGCCAAUAGUCAAUGAUUGUCACUACUUCGGCGAGUUGGCUUCCAACACCAAAUCGCGAGCCGCUAUUAGUACAUGCAGGGGUAUAUCUGGAAUAUUCAGUCAUGGCAACACUGAUGUAUACAUCCAACCUCUCCAAGAAGACCAUGCAAAAAGGGUUCGGAGCAGGCGUAGUGAUCUUGAGCACCCACAUGUAAUUUUCAGACGAUCUGCAGGUGAUACGCCAAAUAUGGAAAGCGAUGAAACCAGAGAAAUGAAGAAACACUUCUGCGGCAAUGAUGCAAGUAAGGAUUACAACUAA